AUGUAGGUACCUUGACUCUUGAGAAAAAUUAAAAAUAUAUAAAAUAAAUAAUAAACUUGUUAUUUAUUUGAAUCGAAAAUAACUUGGUUUUAUAUGCAAUGGCACAGCCAGAAGAUACCGAACUAAGAGACUUAGUAAUUGAAUCGUUAGAGAAGAAUGGAUCCCUUGCUAAAAUACGCGCGUUGUUACGGGCUAAUAUCUUUUUAGCAUUCGAGGAUGACUGCGAGAAUAUAAAACAAAAUGAGUGUUUGGAUAACAUUUUAAAACUGCCAGAAGGAGUUCUAUCAUUGUCAAUAAUACAUGAGUUUUUGGAGUUUUGUAAUUUAAAAAAUACGUUGUUUGUUUACAUGUCAGAAACACGACAAGGAAAAGAAUACACAUACAGAGGUGAGCGAAGUAUAAACGAAAUGCUUCAAAUAAAUCAAACGAACAAGGAAAAGGAGCCCAUUCUCGUUACUAUUCUACGGUAUUUUUUAAAGUCGCAUAAUGAUUUGAAGCAUGAAAGUUCACGUGAGAGUUGUGAUCAUGGGGAUCAUUCGACGUAUAUUGUCAAUCAAGAAACUAGUUCCUCUACGAGCCAAUCUCAAUCUGGUAAUUCUUCUGAUGAGAAACAUCGCCUGGACUUAAGAUUAAACUUGGACAACUCUGAUACAGAUACCUCUAGCGACUCAACUGGAAACAAGAAUAGCUCAGAAUAUGUUCCUAAUCAACACAUAGUUUUAAGUGAUAUCGAUAAUAACAAGGCUGUGGUACAAAAGAUUUCAGCAAGCAUAUUAUCAGGAAAUGUAAGUAGCAAUGAACAAAACAAAAUGCCAACUGAAAAACAUGAUUUGAAAGUGAACACUAGCAGUGAAUCUACUUCUUACGUUGAAUUGAAACCAUUUAACUCACAAGAUGAAAAGUUACUGAAUACAACAGGUAUUCCACAUGCUGAUUCAAAGGUGAGUACAGGACGUCAGUCUAACACAUCUCAUGGAUCUCAAAUAGAGUUAGUUCAAACUUUGAGUAGCGCAUCAUCUGAAUCUUUGAAGCGUGAAGUUAGUGUGUGUAAGGAUGGAGCUGGUACCAAAAAAUCACCAGAUCAUUCACUCAAAUAUGACACACCUGAAUAUAGUUAUGAUUUCUCCUCACCUCUUCUUUCUGGAACUACUGAACAAAAUGUGAAAGAUAAAAAACGAGUUAGUACAAGCUCUCAAUGCGAUAAACAUUCAUCACCUCGCUCACAGAGUUCCAUUUCUAUAUCAGAUGUAACAGACUUGGUCAGCGAGAAAAGUUUUAGUGGGCAAAGUAGAAAUAAUUUAAAAAAUAAAGGUAAUAGCAAUGCAGAGAAGACUAAGAGCCCAGAUAAUAACAGCUUGAAGUCCAGCAAUGACUCUGGUGAUUUUUCUGAAUCUCCCAUACCAUCUAUAUCAAAGUCUCUAUCUAUAUUUAAGUCUUGA